AAGCUCAUCUCAUGUAUGAUUAACUGCCUGUCUCUCCCAGGGGAAGAGUUUGUGCAUCACAAUGCCAGGCAGCUGACCAGGGUUUAUCCCAGUGGCCUCAGAACAGACUCCUCCAACUUCAACCCACAGGUGACGUGGAACACAGGGACUCAAAUAGUUGUGUUGAAUUUCCAGACGGCAGGGGUUGAGAUGAACCUCAACGAUGGACUGUUCAGUCAAAAUGGCCGCUGUGGCUAUGUCCUCAAACCUGACUUCAUGAGGAUGUCAGAGAGGAGGUUCGAUCCUGAGGUUCCACAGAACCGGGAAGGCUACCAACUCAGCAGUCUCUGCUUUCAGGUGAUCAGUGCACAGCAGCUUCCCAAAGUGAAUAUCAAGGAGAGCUCCGUUGUGGACCCGUUUGUGAGAGUGGAGAUCCAUGGACUUCCUCUAGACCAGGCCAAGCAGGAGACCAGAUACAUAGACAACAAUGGGUUCAAUCCAGUGUGGAUUUUGCGGACACUUUGCGGUUCACCAUCCAUGUGCCUGAACUGGCCCUGGUACGCUUUGUCGUGGAGGACUACGACAAGGCGUCAAGGAAUGAUUUUGUCGGACAGUAUACCUUGCCUUUCUCAUGUAUUCAGCAAGAAACCACUGAGUUCCUUUCCAAGUGGAAUCUUUGCUGGCACACAAAUCAGCCCUGAAGCCCUCGUGCAAACUCUGAAGUGUGAAGAAUUAUCAAAUGACACUGGUACACCUGCACAGAAAGUCCCUGAGGAGAAGAAGCAGCAGACGAAGAAAGAGAAGAUGAAGGAGAGGCGAGACAGGUGGCUAAACAAGAUCAGCUCCAUCAAGCUGGCCAAGGAGCAACAAGUGGCCCAGGCUAAGAGGGCGGCCAUGCCCGUUGUGGGUGACAUGAGGCCGCUGGCAGACGCCCUGCCAGAACUCUGCCAGCUCAUCCCCGCCACCACCAGGACCUCCAGAAAGGCCUCCAGAAAGAAUAGGGUGCCAGUGAAAAAGAAGCCAGAACCAACAGACUUCAGCCUGAUGAAGCCAGCACAAAAACGCAAACUCCUGGAGAGUGAGACCAGCCGGUUUAGUGAAGCUGUGAAGAACCUGGCACACAGCAAGACUAACCCUCUGGCAGCUAUUGGUGAGCAUCUGAGGAAGAGACUGAAGCAGGAAGAGGAGCAGGGGCCUAGCUAACCUGUUCGACUGGAGACGCCAUUUGGAUCUGCAGUUGAGCAUCCCCACCCAGAGACAUGGAUCGUGUUUGAGAUCGACUACGUUGCAGUCUGCAACUGCAGACUAGCUGACCGAUCUAGAAAUAACCUUGCACCCUAAAUAACUACUUAUUAUAAUUGGUAGAUCAGUCAUAAAAUUGAUGCUUUCGAACACGGCCAUGACACAAGAAAGCCCCUGCCUUUUUUAUUUAAGGGCAACCCUGAUGCCUGCAUCCCUGUUCCCUGUGCCCAAUCUACCAAACCUGCCAAAAUCAAUGAGAUCUUGUGAUUGAAGUGGUUUUGGUCAUUGUGCACUAUACCAGUAAAACAUCAGAGGACUUACAGGUUGUCUGAGUACCGGCGAUGUUUACGACACCUAAUUAGAUCAUGCCCCCAGUUCUGGAGAAGUUGAAAAUGAAUAGUUACUUUUGUGAAUGAGGAAAAAUAAACUGAUGUUGUAAAUGUUGAGAUUAGAUCUGUCAUCAAAAUGACUCCUUUCAAUUUUUGUACAGUAUCUCUUCCACAUUUCUUUUAGGCGAUAUUAAAAAUGCAGUACGGUACAUUAAAACUUGCCUUUCAUUUUGUAUAACACGA